AAUAUUAUUUCUUUUUGUUUCAAAAAAAAAAAAAAUUCACAUAUUGAAAACAUCCAAACACACCUUUUUUUUUUGUUCCAAUUACCCAAUUUUGUUUGUUAUUUUUUUUUUUUGCUCAAUCAUGAAGAGAUCCAUAACAGACAGAGAGCUUGAAAACCUAACCAUGGCCAACUGUCUUAUGUUCCUGUCUCGUGGAGCAGGAUCAGUUAUCACAACAAACAACGGCAGUCAUCAUCAUCAUCAUCAUAAUCAUAAUCACAAUCUUCAUCUUCAUCAGUUCGAUCAGUACUCUAAUAAUUCAUCUUCAACUCUAUCAUUAUCGCCAUCUCCAUCUCAAUCUUCAUCACCUAACCGAGUUUUCGAGUGCAAGACCUGUAACCGGCAGUUCCCUUCGUUUCAAGCCCUCGGCGGCCACCGAGCCAGUCACAAAAAGCCGAGGCUAAUGACCGGAGAAGGCGGUAACAGCUCUGAUUCACAGUCAGGCUCACCAUCCAAGCCCAAGACACACGAGUGCACCAUAUGUGGGCUUGAAUUCGCCAUCGGCCAAGCCUUGGGGGGCCACAUGAGGCGCCAUAGAGCCGCCUUGACCGACCAGACUCAUCAUCAUGCUUUGUCAGCGGCCUCGGCCGCCACCCGGCCACCGCCUAUUGAUAUCGCCGGUUCUUUGCAAGUACGGCGGCCGGCCGCGAUGGUGAAUAAGAAGAACAAUAGGGUUUUGUGUUUGGAUUUGAACCUCACACCCUUGGAAAAUGAUAUCAAGAUUCUUCAGCUUGGGAAAUCAGUUUCUUUGGUUACAUAUAUAUGAUUUAUAUUAUGUUCAUCACAUUCACAUACAUAUAAUAUUUUUAUAUUAUAAUAUAUAUAUAGCUAGUUAGUUAGUUAGUUAUAGUAAUGGUAUAGGAGCCUAUCAUAUAUGGAGGAGAGUUUUUAUACUUCUCUCUUCUCUUUUCUUCAUCUUUUCAUUUAUUAUUUCUUUUUAUUAUAGCUAGGGCGCUUUGGGAUUUAUUCGUUUAUUAUAUGUAUUUAAGUUUUGUUUUGUAUAUGGCCUUUCUUAGGCUAUAUAUAUUCUCAUGUAUGCAUUUGAUCACAUUUGUACAUUUGUUCAUUAAUACAAUAAGUUUAUCAUCA